UUCACGAUUGUGGUGUUGCUCAUCAUCAAUGAGUGCUUGAAUCUGCUCCAGGGAUACUAUGAAGGGACAACCAAGUUUACUCCCUCUUUCUGCUGCUGCAUGCUUCCUAACUCUUCUCUCAUCAUUCCAAUGUGCUCGGUCCUUCACCCACUGCUGUCCAGUCCUUGCUGGGAUCCCAUGUUCAUCAGCUAUCUGCUUCAAGGUCUCCCCAUCUUGUCAUCAAUCAUAUGCAUCAAAGUAGUGAGCACGCUCGGAGGUAUCAGGUUCCUUGAGGCUGUGGUCUUGUUCUGGGGUCUUUGGCGAUUCACAGGAACUCAUUUUUAUCAAAUAAUAGUAAUAUUUGAGUGAGUUAGGGGUGAGGGGGUGAUGAGACUGAGCACGGGUUUGAUGAGGUUGAUGACCUCAUCAAA